AUGAGUAUCGAAAGAGACCAGCUUGCAUCUAUGAGCGAUGAAGAUAUGGUAGAUCUUCAUUUGGUGGGGACGGAUGGGAAAGAAAUUGGGUGCAUCAAGCCUUUCUUGGCAGCCCGGAGCCCAGUGUUCAAAGGAAUGUUUUACAAGGGCUUUCGAGAACAAUUGGAAGACCGUUGUAAUCUGGACUUCCAUUCGAUUGUCAUUCAAAUCAUUGUCAAACAUUGUGUUUGCAAUGAGCUGGAUUUUGAUCCAAUCUUGCAAACUGAAAUGUCAAUGGACGAGGAAGCGGCAUUUCUUAUCGGUCUUCGCAAGGCUGGAAACUAUUUUGAGCUUGGAGAAGUGAUCUUGCAAGUCGAGAAGAAGAUAGUUGAAUUGGUUGUCAAGGAGGAAAAGAUGCGAUAUGCUGGUUUAUUAUUGGCUGAAUUCAUGAUUCGUGACGAAGACGACGGGCCAUUUUGGGAUCUACUAUUUCAGCUCGCCGUUGCCAAUCCAAUCGACUGCUUUGGUCUUGGUCCUGAAACGGGCGAAGAUCACCCGCAUGUGCAUGUGCAUGUGCAUCCAAGUGUUCUUGCAAGAGUUCUCGCGAGUACAGGCAAAUGCACGGCAGUCGCAUGCCUCCAAACAUGGUUCGCUGACAAAAACAAAACCGAUGCUUUUGAUGAUCACGAAAAGCAGGUUCUUUGUAACAUCGCAACUAACAUCGACUUGCGACAUCUUUCGUUCCAACAGCUAUCAAAGACAUCCAAAGCGGCCGAGGAGGGGAAUUUUUCAUUGUUUCCAAUGGAAAAGAUACACCAAGCAUUUGUCCAUCGAGGUGGCGAGACUCCAAUCAAAAUAGCAAAGCUUGUCCCCCGAUACUAUGUAUAUGGUGCUGGGAUGAAUAUUGUGGAUGGAGUUUAUGUAUGGGAUAAGCGAUGCAGGCAAUUCACCAGGGAAGCUGAAUACAAAGGGGAGGAAUGCGUAUUCGCAUUAAGGAUGUCAGGCAAAGGCAAUAAAAGCAAAUGGCGUCUAGAUGUGAUCAAAUUUGUUGAACGGAGAGGCUUGAUGUCUGGUGGGUUGAAACCGAUCCAUCAUUUUUAUCAAGCUCCACUACCUGAUCUUAAAAACGAAAUGGAAGUACCACUGGCUGAAAUUGCACGCCUACGAACAACGGAAGCACCAUAUGAUACAUGGGAAUGUGACAAAGAAGGUGACGAACCAUCACCAAUUGUCAUACCAAUCAAUUUGCCAGCAUGA